CAAACCUCGUGGUUGAUCGAUAGAUUGAGUUGGACUCAGAAGUCGAAGCCUGUAGAAGGACGCCUCAUCACUUUAGUCGUAUUUUGAGAAAAGUUACAUAAAAACCAAGCUUUCAAUAUGUCAGAAGUUGCAGCACUUGUUAUAGACAAUGGAUCUGGUAUGUGCAAAGCAGGUUUUGCUGGAGACGAUGCCCCUCGAGCUGUUUUCCCCUCCAUUGUCGGAAGACCCAGACAUCAGGGUGUUAUGGUUGGUAUGGGACAGAAAGACAGCUAUGUAGGAGAUGAAGCUCAAUCUAAGAGAGGUAUCCUCACCUUAAAAUACCCAAUUGAACAUGGUAUUGUUACCAACUGGGAUGAUAUGGAGAAAAUCUGGCAUCACACUUUCUACAAUGAACUUCGAGUUGCCCCAGAAGAACAUCCCGUCCUCCUCACGGAGGCUCCACUCAAUCCUAAAGCCAACAGAGAAAAGAUGACCCAAAUUAUGUUUGAAACCUUCAAUUCACCAGCUAUGUAUGUAGCUAUCCAAGCUGUAUUGUCCCUAUAUGCCUCUGGUCGUACCACUGGUAUAGUACUUGAUUCUGGAGAUGGUGUAACACACACAGUUCCCAUCUACGAAGGUUAUGCUCUUCCCCAUGCCAUUAUGAGAUUAGAUUUGGCUGGUCGAGAUUUGACCGACUACUUGAUGAAAAUUUUGACAGAAAGAGGUUACUCCUUCACCACAACAGCUGAAAGAGAAAUCGUCAGAGACAUCAAAGAAAAAUUAUGUUAUGUUGCUUUGGAUUUCGAACAGGAAAUGCAGACAGCUGCGUCGUCGUCGUCCUUAGAAAAAUCUUACGAACUACCCGAUGGUCAAGUCAUCACCAUUGGUAACGAACGAUUCCGAUGCCCAGAAGCCAUGUUUCAACCAUCUUUCUUGGGUAUGGAAUCUGCUGGUAUCCAUGAAACCACCUACAACUCUAUCAUGAAAUGUGAUGUUGAUAUCAGAAAAGAUUUGUAUGCCAACACUGUAUUAUCUGGAGGAUCUACCAUGUACCCAGGUAUUGCUGACAGAAUGCAGAAAGAAAUCACAGCCUUGGCUCCAUCUACCAUGAAAAUCAAAAUCAUCGCUCCACCUGAGAGAAAAUACUCUGUAUGGAUUGGUGGUUCUAUCUUGGCUUCUCUCUCAACCUUCCAACAGAUGUGGAUCUCCAAGCAGGAAUAUGACGAAUCUGGCCCAGCAAUCGUCCACAGAAAAUGCUUCUAAGCUAAUAAUGAGUAUUAAGAUCUGGAUCUGUUGAAUGAGUGUGAUCUGUUUCAGCGAGUGACUGAGUUUGUGCACAUACCUCCUUUCCCUUGAAGAUCUAGUCUUCGCGAUCCACUCGCGAAGCUCAAAAAUAUUCUGAACGCUUUAAGUUAUGCAAAACAACAAUUUAAAGGUCAUAAUUAUUUGUUAUUGUUGAAACUUUUUGUAUGAUAUUUAAAUAAAAAAUCAAGAAAAAAAUUAAUCCUAACAUAAUUAUUUGUGCUAUUCUCUUUUCUCUAUUUGAUGAACAAUCCGUUAUUUGUGGAUCUGCAAGUUGAUGCAUGAUCGAAUACAAUAUGCAGCGAUCAUGUCGAUUUGCAGCUUGCUUUACAACAUGCCAAAUGGAUAC